AGCGGUGGAAUGGCUGCUGGUAGUGAAGAAGUUGUCGGCGGUAGCGGAUUGGGAGUGUUGCCAUCGCUGCCGCCGUCGUCCUCUCUGCCUGUUCUACUUGGUUAUUGUAUAGCCCAUAGUGGUCCCGAUUAUUAAUGGUGGUUGCGAACGAUCCACGGUACCGCCAGCCUCGUAGACGCGAAUACUGACAGCGCUGCUCGCCAGUUUACCCGUGCUUGCGUCUCCGGAGCAAAGCAUCCGCCCGUUUUGUUUGAUGUUGCAGCUGAUUGAGGGAGCACGAAGAACGAGAAAGUCAGUGAGUUGGUGUGUGGAGUACCAGUACUGCUACUAUGGUCUGGCGGAGUGCGAGCUCUCGCUGUAAAGGAAGUUGCGGAUGGUAGGAAGCUUGCUCUCAGCAAGCGGCGUUGCUAUAGCACCUGGUUGAGCUUUGUUUCAAGACAUUCGGCGAGGUUUAAUUACGAUCAAACUGCAUGGGUGAAUCAAUUGAAUCGGAACGGCACAACCCGCAAGUGGCUUGUGCGAACAAAUAUGAUGCUCGGCUGACUAGUGGGUGUAACGAACCAAGCUAAUCUGUACCAAAUCAAAAACAACUCCGGACAGCGGUUUCUAUUUAUAAAAUGGUUUGAAUGUCUUUCGUCUCGAUUUCAACAAUGUCGAGUGAAUAAAAGUGGUAGAGAUAGUAGGAUUUAACCCUUACGGAGCGCCUAUCAACCGAUUAGAGUUGUUGGAUAGAUUAUUCAUUUAUUGGGAGUGGAGAAUGAGCGGCUAUUACAACGUCGAUUGCAAUACGACUAACUCGAUUGAGGAUGACUACGACCCGUUUGGAUCGACUCCCAGUCAGCAACCAAAAUCGCUGCCAAAAAAGGAGUUACUACCCAAAGCGCAAUUUUUUCACGGUAAAAUUGACCGACAUGCAGCGGAAGUCAGACUGCAGCAGCUGAAUCAGCGCGGAGCAUAUCUUGUUCGACAGUCGAAGAAUGGAUUUGUGCUUUCGUUUCGCGGCCACUCGGGUAUUCAUCAUUUCCGCAUCGCCGCUGUAUGCGGUGACUUUUAUAUAGGCGGCCGACGUUUUUCUACACUUUCCGAACUCGUUGGUUACUAUACACACGUAUCCGAUAUUCUAAAGAAUGAACGACUGCACUACAACGUUGUACCACCCGAACCAGCGCCCCACAACCGAAAAGUUGUUGCUAUCCUUCCUUACAAUAAAUUGGCGGACACUGAUGAACUGUCAUUCAAGAAAGGCGACGUGUUCGAGGUAGAUCAGGACAUAGGAGACGGUUGGCUAUGGUGUAAGAAGAUCGAGGGCGACGGUGUAAAUUUCAAUAAACCACCAGGUGAAGAGUUUCCUUCAGGUCUUGUCUUCCACGAGCUAGUGGCAGACUUCACUGAGGAAUGUUAUCCGUGGUAUCAUGGCACCAUUUCCGCUGAAGACGCCAUAGCAAAGCUAAUUGAAGGCGGGGAAGAGAGUUUUCUUGUCAGACCCUCUGAUAGAUCACCAGGAAAUUAUUCUAUUUUUUUCUUCAUUAACAAAUCAAUUCAGCGGUUCCGUAUCGAAAAGAAGCAAAACCACUACGUGAUGGGUGGCCGAUAUUUUGACACUUUAGAAGCAAUUAUCACUCGAUAUAAAAGCGAACAUAUAGCUGAGGGCCAUUGUCUAGGAGAUCCCAUCCUUAAGGCUCCGCAGUUUGGCCUGCCAAACGCGCAGGCCAAAGUUGAAGAAAUUUACUCGACAAUUCAACAGCUUCGCGUGCAGAGCUCACACUCAACAACAGCACUCAAAGGGUUUCUUCAUAAAAAGACUAUUGACAACAAAAAGUGGAAACAGGCGUGGUUUGUACUCAAUGCAACCGAAGCCAUGCUGUAUUUUUACGAUAACCCACAAAGGGCAAAACCCCGCGGUGUCAUCGAUCUUCGAUGUUCCGGAUUAUACGCGGUACACGAUUCGCUGCUUGAGCAGCCGCACUGCUUUCAGCUGGUGGAACGAGCUCUUCCAUGUCUGAGUACAAUCUACUACUUGUCUGCAUCGGAUGGUGAAUCAGCUCAAAGCUGGUACACAGGUCUAUCGAAGGUCUGCAAUCCACAGACAGGCCAAGUUCGAAACGUCUGUUCUAUGAGGGUAUGCCUCGUUGAGGCCAAGGGACUACCGUCCCAUUUAGUGCCAAACCCAUUCUGUGUUAUGUCGCUGGACGACAUCAAGAUAUGCCGCUCUCAGGUCAAAUCGGCCCCAGACGCUGUCUGGGAAGAGGAGUACUGCCUGGAUGAUAUACCGCCAAAUAUCAAUAGCUUUACAGUAACGCUGUGCACAAAAGGUAAGAAAGACAAGAAUGCCCAGGAUAUGGCCCAAGUGAUCUUGGAGCUGAAAGACUUAUGGACGAUGGAGCCAGUGGACAGGUGGUACCCACUGCAGGGGAUGACGCCUGUGCUUGAGAACUGGGGCUCGCUGCAUCUGCAGGUACACUUCUCGAAGGAAGUCAUUCUCCCGCUCAGUGAGUACACGACGCUGCGCCAACUUUUACUCGAGGAUGACCUUUCACUUGUGAUCGAGAUCUCUGAGCUUCUUUCAAAGGAGAACGCUCUUUUAGCGAAAGUGUUAGUGACGCUUUUUGUCGCCGAAAAGAAAGAGGCAAAGCUCCUAACGACCCUAGGUUUACGUGAGCUAGAAAAUGAAAAUGAACCCAGUGUAUUGUUUCGCUCGAGUACCCUCUUUACGCAAAUGAUGGAAUUGUAUAUGAAGAAUGGUGCUGCCGACUUUGUUCGUAAUUCAAUAUCUGUACCCGUAGCAUUAGUCGUUGGUAGUAAACAGUCAUGUGAGCUAAAUCCGACAAAAUUAGAUUCUAUGAAUGACGCCUGCGCUAAUGCGGAGCAUUUGCUGGCAAUGCUGGAUGAAUUUACGGAAAGGAUUUUUGCAUCGGUUCACCAGCUACCGUUAUCUUUGCGUUAUAUUUUAGCGACACUACAGAGAGCUAUAGCGAAAAAGUGGCCGAAUGAUGCUCUUCUUAAAGCGCAAGUUAUAUCCUCAUUCAUCUUCCUGCGUCUGCUUUGUCCUGCCAUUAUAAACCCGCAUCAAUAUAAGAUUGUCAAUUCAGCUCCGGCACCUGUUCCAAGCAGGAAUUUGAUGUUAGUGGCAAAAUGCCUACAAAAUUUAGCUAAUCUCCAGGAAUUUGGUUUGAAAGAGUCUUGGAUGGAAGUAGUGAAUCCAUUUAUCUUGAAGAACAAAUCCAAGGUAAUUCGAUUCGUCGAGGAGAUCUGUUUGGUUAACAUGACUGAGGUGCCACGCGGUGUGGGCGAAUGUGGAGCCUUGAAGGAUAUUGCCCGGGCACUGGAAAGUGUCUUCACCGCCACAAUGGCUCACCUUACUGAAGUGAGGUCGCGUCCACGUCUCAAGAAGCUUGCAAUUGUCUGCGAAAUGCUAGUUAAGCACAAAGAGAAACUCGAGCAAUCGUCCUCAUAGAAGUCGAAAAUGUUUAUUAUCAUUAUUCUUCUCUGCUAUUAAGAGCAUAAGACUGCUGUACAUAAUUAGUAUUUGUCAAGAUGCAGCGCACUACCGUCUGUCUAGUUCUAAUGUUGGUUCUAAAAAUGGCGAAUUAACCAUGAAUCUCCAAAAUGAUACAAAGUGUUCCACGUAAUAGAUAGGGGCCUGCGAUCGAUCGUGAGGGAAAGGAAGUGACUGUGACUCAUUCGCAUAAGAAGACCACUCAAGGAAUAUGCAUGAUUCUAUUUAUAUCUAGCUGAGUCUGUGCUGAUAGCAAGAUACACAGUGGUAGAAUUUAAGAGACAAGUUGUUCGUAUUUUCAAUCAAGGGCAGUUGAGCAACGGCGGAGGAGGUAGGUCUGUCCAAUAGACAAAACAAUGCAACAAAGAGGGCCUCAAACUUUUGUCGACAGGGUGUCUUUUGUGCGUAACACAGUUGUAUCAUUUCCACGUUCUUGAUAUAUAUCAGUCUGCAGUGAUUUGUAUUCCCUAGGUAGGUUAUAAUUUGUAAAGGUAAGCAAUUCCUGAUUAUAAAAUACUAAUGAUACAUACAUACAUACUGAACAGAUAGGUUUUUGCACAAGGGCUAGUUUUUAUUUACACCAAAUAAUGAGAUAAUAAGUUAGCAAUUAUUAUACCGGCGACAGUACCAAACAUGACAAGUAUUAGUAUCAAUGAGCAUUAUUGUAAACUGCAACGUAGUCAGGCUCACUCAAGUCAAAUAUAUGCCGAUAAAUGAUGUUUCUACCUUACGUAAAAUAAGUGUGCAUGGCAAAAGUGAGAAAAGCAUCUGUUUGUAUGGUGUCCACGUAUGGUCACGCCAUAGCGAUCGCCAUCGACUGCAAAACAAAGGAUGACCUGAUAGGUUUGUCAAUCAUCAUUUUAUGGAUGUCUCAGGGGAAGUUUCCUGGGUGAACAACCGUAACGCUUUAACUAUUUGAGCUUUUAACUGAUUCAGCAUGCUAUUCGCUGUAGCCGCGUAUCGUCAGUAAUGGGGCCUCCACUCACAACUCAACAAACCAGGUGUGCCAAAACUAAUAAAGUGCGCCAGAGUGUACCUUCAUUAUAAACCUAUAUACACUCAUAUAUACGUGCAUAUAGUUAAACGAAUGGAUAAUAAUUUCGAAGAAAAACAAAAAAAAAACAGUCUCGUAAAAAUUCGUCACAGGCGACAGUCAUUCACGAAAAUUCCAUAUUGUGAAUACCGCAUCUAUAUAUGAAUAAAUAAAUACAUAUGCUUAUUAUUUAA